CUUAAACACUAAGAUCCUUCCCUACAUUUGUUUUAGGGGUCCUUUUAUGUGUGUGUGAGAGAGAGAAAGAGUAAUAAUUUGCAGAAGAGUAUGAGAAGAAGCAAAGAAGAAGGGAAGAGGAGUUUAAGAGAAAUGAGUGAGGAAGAAGAAGAGGAAGAGGAUACUUUUGUUGAUGAAGAAGAAGAAGAGGAGGAGGAGGCUUGGGAGAAGAAGCAGAAAGGCAAAGCUACGAGUAGCAGUAGUAGUAGUACUGGAGCUUGCCAGGUCGAGAGAUGUACAGCGGAUAUGAGCAGAGCCAAACAGUAUCACAAACGACACAAAGUCUGUGAACUUCAUGCCAAAGCUCCUCUUGUUCGGAUCUCUGGCCUUCACCAACGUUUCUGCCAACAAUGUAGCAGGUUUCACGAGAUCAGUGAGUUUGAUGAAGCCAAGAGGAGUUGCAGGAGACGCUUAGCUGGACACAAUGAGAGAAGGCGCAAAAGCACAAGUGAAGGUGAAAGGUCUCAAGAUCUUGGUUCUCAAGGUUAUUGGAAAUAAGCUUUGCUUUCUCUCUUCUGUCAGUCUCUUCUUUUCAUCUCCUUGUAAUCUUCUGUGUGUGUCAUCAUAAUGCUUGCAAUCAAAGUUAUGUCAUCAAUAAAUGCUUUGAGUUUAAGUAAAUGCUUGAAGAAACAUGAGUAAGUCCCUAUAAAACUUAGAAAAAGUGUUUAUUCAAG